AUGUAUUUUUUUUUCUACAAAACCAUAAUAUAUUACAUUUUAAUAUCAAUAUCUCUAAAAUAUAAUAAUUGUAAUAUCAAAAACAACCCUAAACAACAUGAUAUCUACAAUGUCAUAAAAUUUAGAUCUUUAUCCUCACAUUAUUCCUCAGGAAUAAAAAAGAAAAAAAAAUUCCUUUUUAAAAACAAGUUAACAAAAAAAAAUGUAAAAAAAACAGAAUUUAUAGAAGGCACUUUUGUUAUUGAUUGUUCAGGGUUAAAUAAUUUAAUAAAAAAAACAUCAUAUGAAAAAUACAACAUGGAAAUAAGAGAUUCUAUGUUUAAAGAAUAUGAAAAAAUGUAUUCAGAAUUAUAUGAUAAGGAAAUGGGGAAAAAAGAAAAAGAAAAUUUAUUAAAAAAAUUUGUUAGCUUAUUACAUCGUAUACCUUCAAAAUAUAUAGACAAAAUGUUAAAUUAUCUUAUGCAAGAUUUUCUAUCCGUACCAAUAUAUGUAAUCAUAUUAUUCAUAAUAGGUAGUGUAACUUGUACUUGUGCUUGCGUAUCUAUGGUAUAUAGUACAAUCGCUUGUAGUUAUGCAUUAGUACCUAUUUUUGCAUUAUUAUUAUAUUUGAAAGCUUCUGAAAGUUAUUAA